UAAAAUUCACGCUAGCGCUGGUUGCGAUGAUAUCUUUCACUUUGUUUGGUUUCCCUGUGCAUUUAGUAGGCGAGGAGGAUUGGGAAUAACAAUAAAUUUGGUGAUUGUAACUCUCUUGGAUACACACCAAGAUGCCAAAAUGGCUACGUUUAGUCGUUGUCGGAGGGAAUUCAGUGGGUAAAACAGCGCUCAUUCAUCAAGCAGUUUAUAAAAAUCAUGUCACAGGAAGGCCAAUGUUCAAGACCAUUGAAGAUGUUUAUGAAGUACUUAUCGAAGUUGAAAGAGGAAUCAAGGAAAGGUUUCGCAUCUAUGACACUAUGGGACUGGACGAGAGCAAGGGAGAGAUUUCAAAACACUACAUGAACUUAGCAGAUGGAUUUCUUCUGGUUUAUAGCACUACCUCAAAACGGUCUUUUCUCCUAGUUCAGAGCCUAAAGCGGGAUAUAGAAAAGAGUAGAGGCAGGGAUUUUCCAGUAGUUGUGAUUGGUACCAAGACUGAUUUAAAGGAGGAGCGGGAGUGUGACUGUAAAGUGGCUUCACAGUGGGCUGAUGCAGAAAAAGUUCGGCUAUGUGAAGUUUGUGUUGGGGAACGGCGGAGUCUUCAAGAGCCUUUCUCAGUGCUUGCAAAGAAAAUGGCGGCUUCAUGCGGUAAAAGUUAUUUACAGUCAACCCAUUCUGACGUCAAGAGGAUCUUUUCGAUGAGGAAGGGGCCCAAGGGAUUAUCGUUAUCCAAAGAUUCCAACCUCGAUUCAGCAUAGGGUUAGAUUCCAAACUCGAUUCAACAUAGGGUUAGAUUCCAACCUCGAUUCAGCAUAGGGUUAGAUUCCAACCUCGAUUCAGCAUAGGGUUAGAUUCCAACCUCGAUUCAGCAUAGGGUUAGAUUCCAACCUCGAUUCAACAUAGGGUUAGAUUCCAACCUCGAUUCAGCAUAGGGUUAGAUUACAACCUCGAUUCAACAUAGGGUUAGAUUCCAACCUCGAUUCAACAUAGGGUUAGAUUCCAACCUCGAUUCAACAUAGGGUUAGAUUCCAACCUCGAUUCAACAUAGGGUUAGAUUCCAACCUCGAUUCAACAUAGGGUUAGAUUCCAACCUCGAUUCAACAUAGGGUUAGAAUGCAGGGGGGGG